CUUGCUCGUUCAUUCAUUGGAUCCCGAACCAUCGCCGCUCCGAACGCACGACUGACACGCUACAGCCAGUACAACCAAUGACGAGGGAGUCUCGGGAGUGAAUCACCCGAUUCCAGAUAAGGCACGUUCUCGGUUUUUGAAGUAUUCAUACAGUACCCCCAAUAUAGCGCAGGCAUAGCGUGGCUUUUGACAGGUCGGUGAUAAGGUGCCAAGCCUGAAAUUAAACACCGCUUUGGAAGAAGGAUCUAUUGACACGUGGGUCUCGCACAGCAGAGAUAUACCAUUCUGUUGCUGGAGCAAGGUACGUGAUCACUGAAACAGACUCUAUGUCCAGUGGGCAUCUGAACAGAGUUCCGCGGACCUGGAAACACAGCUAUUCCCGCUUCACAGAUAGGAUGAUGUAAAAGGAGAUCACAGGACUCCCAUUCCGACUCAAAACUGAUGUUCAAUCGCGAGCUACCCUGUCUGUAUUAUUUUGGGCUCCCCUCCCUGCGUAUCUGCCGCAGCUUCAAACCCAAUAUCGCCAGCCCGUCAGGCGUAACUCUAUCUCAAGCCAAACUGCUGAACGGUUGAAAUCACAUCCACGGACCCAAUUUCCCCCUGUCUAUCUGUUCUCUCUCUCUCUCUGUCUCGGAUGAAAACCUUAGAAGAAGCAAUCACGUCGAAAGAAACGUGCAAACAAGAAUGCGCAAUUCUGUCUGAAGUGCGCCCCGCGAGAAGGCGACUCCUCUAUUUUGUUUACUGGGACAGCCGUUUGAUUGCGAAUGCAGACUCCGCUCCCAGAUCUCCUGCUCCUAUCGACUGAGCGUGACCACGCUGCCGUGAUUUAUGUUCUCGAAAUUUGGCCCUAAAUAUAAACUUUCUGGAUUUUGCGGAGACCACAAACACGCCUACAGAACUACCGAGGACCCUUAGAUCCUACAAACAACACACACAGAAAUUGCUCCGCCUGAAAUCACCUUAGGUUGGAGGAUUUGACUUGAGACCUCGAUCCGGAAUUGGCACAUGAAUUAUUUACCUUAGAGUCUGAUCGCCUGGAAAAAAAAACAGAAGCAGUGUGCGCGCGCGCCAUGCAUUCCCACGGUUUUCAGACCUUCGUCCAAGUGGCAGUCUGCGCCCUGCUGUUUCAGCACCUGGGACUCUCCCCUCCGGCCGCCUGGGCAUUGCGGACGGCCUCAGAAUGGCCCAGCCGCAACAAGACCCCGAUCUACAUCGCCGGCUUCUUCCCGUUCAGCGACUACUUCAACGACAUGCUCGUCAACUCCACGGAGAUCGCCAUCGACCACGUGAAUGAGUUCCAGGACCUGCUGGCGGAUUACGAGCUACGAAUGAUCUGGAAUUGGACACAGGUGGAGGGCGAGAACUCCGCGGCCCCUUCCUUAAAGGUCAUCUACGACUUCAUUUACAACCAGCCUCAGUUCCUGAUGACCUGGGGCCCCGUGUACUCCCGGGUGGGGGAGGUCCUCAACGAGGUGAUCAGGCGCUACAACUUGGUGCAGGUCUGUAUCGCCCAGUUCGUCUCGAACGAGCGGCAUCUAGAGAAGUACCCACUGACGGUGCAGAUCUAUCCCAGCUCCGGGGUCUUCAACCCCGCCAGGAUCGUCCUCAUGAAGCAAAUGGGAUGGAAGAGAGCCGCCAUCAUCUUCGAGAAUUAUGACCUGUUUCGUGCGGAGAUGGAAGAGUUGGACAAACUACUGCAAGAUCAUGGGCUGACGACGACAACGCUGGAGGCCAUUACCGGCAGCGACCCCAGCGCCAAUGUGCAGAACCUCAAGAAACACGACGCCAGGAUUAUCUUCGGCAGUUUCUACCAGGAAAUGGCCACCCGCGUAUUUUGUGAGGCCUACCGGAAGGGUUACUACGGACCCAAGUACGUCUGGAUCCUGCUGGGCUGGUACAGCCCCGUCCGCUGGUGGGUGCAAGAGAUUGACAAGUUCGUCAAGAAUGGCGAGGAUAUCUGCACGGCGGAGGAGGUAGAGAAGGUGGUCGUGGGCUCGCUCAGCAUCCGGGGCUUCGAGAUCCAGACGGACAUGUCAAAGAUCAACUUCAACGGCGUGCGCCCUCUGGAGAAGCACCUGGACUUUUACGCCGACCUGCAGGACCAGCUGCUGACGGCCGGUGCCUGCGACUCGUACGGCUACGACCAGAUCAUCACCAUCGCCUUGGCCCUCAACGCCUCCAUCCAGGCCCUGGCCGAGAUGGACCCGCCCCGCCGGCUGGAGGACUUCACCUACGAGGACACUGCGAUGUCCUCGGUCUUCCUGGAGAAGACGCGGUCCGUGGACUUCGUCGGCCUCACGGGACGAGUUGCAUUUGAUGAGUACGGCGCGCGAGAGAGUGACGCUGUGGUCCAACAAAUGCAAGAUGUUGGCAGCAACAAGCAAGUUUUCAAGUACGAUGGGUUGACCGAGAAAGUGACGCAAAUCUCCGAAUUCAUCUGGGCAGGCGGUUUCAAGCCGGUCGACGGGCCGACGUACAGCAAGACACAGCUCAGAAUCCAGGAGAGCAUCAAGAUAGUGGUGUUCGUCUUGUCCGGUCUGGGCAUGGCGCUCUCUAUCGUGUUUCUGGGCAUCAACACACGCUUUAAAAACCGCAGUGCUAUCAAAAUCUCCAGCCCGCAGCUGAACAACAUGAUAGCGCUGGGGAGCAUGCUGCUCUACGCCUCCACCUUCCUGCUCGCGCUCAAGAUCGAGGUUAAGGAGGGUGACUUCAACGGGAGGAUCUAUUGUCAGCUGUCGUCUGCUGCGCUGUGUAUCGGCCUGUCUUUGGCCUUUGGCGCCCUUUUCAUGAAAACGUACAGGAUACACCACAUUUACACGAGUGCCAUGAAGGUCCGCAAAGUGAGAGCCACCAUCACCGAUUCCAAGCUGAUGACGUCAAUUGGCCUGUUUGUCCUAUUGGAUGCCCUGAUCUUCGUCACGUGGAUACUAGUGGAUCCAAUUCACGUCGAGACCAUCCAACUGAGCCCAGUGUUACGGGACGAACGGACGGAGAAGUACGACGUGCCCACUAUGUCCUACUGCACCUCGGCGAAGGAGCUGUACUUCGCCAUCGCCAUCUUCGCCUACAAGGGCGCCCUCCUGAUCUUUGGGAUCUUCCUGGCCUGGUCGACGCGGAACGUCCGCAUUAGCCAGCUCAACGACAGCAAACACAUCGCCCUGUCGGUCUACACGGUAGGCCUGACCUGCGUACUGACUGUGCCGGUGGCCUACUUCAGCCAAGCCCGCGGGGAUAUCAAUUUCGUCUUUGCCUUUGUCUGCGGCGCCCUCUUCGUUGCCAACACCAUCGUGUUGUGCCUCGUUUUCAUCCCAAAGUUCAUCUCCUUAAAAACGACGGAGGGAGCUCGAAUCAACACAUUCAUGCCGUCCAGUAACUUCACCAUUAGCCAGGAUAAACAGGCCACCAUCAGCCGGUUACGGCAGCUGUUAGAAGAGAAAAAUACACGCCUGGAAACGCUCUUGCAUCAACUGGAGAAACUGGUAAACACCGAGCUGGUACCCUGAGGAUGGAGGCAAAGCUCAAACUAUGGAUCACCCGUAUGACUUGCAUGAGACAGAGACUCUGAAGUGAGGCUGAGGCUGAAUUGAUGCGACACCGAGGCUGAACUUUAAUCAGACCCGUUGUGGAAAUUAGCGUUGUGAAAUUCUAUCCGGCCUACCCCCCCCCCCGGUGCUAGCGACGUACCUGUCACUCAUUGAGAGAGGAUUUUAUUUUGUUCAGGUUUUCAAAUGAUUGAUACUUUAUACAAAUGAUUGAUACACCUACCUAGCGUGUGCCAUAUUGAAAGGCACCGUUACUGAGUCAGGCUUUAUGUGAUAUGUUUGGUACAUUCAAUAAAUACAUCUGUAAGAAAUUAAAAGGUUAUUAAACCUGUCCAGAUGUUUUUAAAACUUUUCUUGUGUAAAACGGCAAUACGCAGUUGUAAUUUUCAUUUCUACAAUUUUAGUUUUUAGCUGUUAAUUCUAAAUACCGCCGUACAUGAUGGGGGGGGGAGUUUUGAUAAUAAUUUCCUCAAUGAUGAAAGCGAUCAGCUUCGACCCUUACGGUUCCUUUAUAUGAGUUGUCCAUGGCUUUAAUGAACUACCUGUGAGUAGGACUUCAUGCACUUUGUCACAAAAUGAAUAGGCCUCAACAAAUGAUCACAAAGUUAAGGACAUUACUGGGCCUCUCUCUUUUACACGAAUCAUGAAAGCAAAAAAAAAAAAAAAAUAGAUCCAAACAAUUUCACAUGCCGGGGCCAAAACUUGCUGAAGUUUAUAAACCUGAUAAGCAUGAUUAAUACAUAAUACGGGUUACACUUGUGAAUAGGCCUGAGGUUUUUGUAAAUAUUGUGCGUGGUUUCAUUUUCACAUCGAAGUCUAGCGAAGAUUGCACGGUAAUAAUACGUUUACUGACCAAAAUGUUGGUCUUUAUGGUCAUGAAGGAUACAUCUUUAUCAAUGACCCAAGACUGCAUGGUAUGAAGGUUUAACAAUAAUCACCGCGUAGAUGACUUUUCAAGUAGCUCAGAAGGAGUGCACGGGAGAAAAAAUUCCCGAACCAUAAAAGACGCAGAAAAUUCAGACAGACUCAUUCUUUGGUAUGCCUUAUUGCCCACAAGUUACAUAUAAAACGAGAGACUUAGUUUUGUGAGUCUUAUCAAACACAAAAUAAUGACUAUUGACAUUUGUGGGAUAUAUUGCCAUCGAUGUACGUAUUUCCAAAUGUAUUACAUAGAACUAAACUGUUACAGACUGAGUACAGUACACGUGAAAAUUAGAAUAAGUAGGCCCGUAGCAAUUGCAUGAGUACAAAGUGCGUGGUGCACUCUGGUACGACGGUGAACGACGUAAAUGCGCAUUGAUGGGACCAAUUCAAGUCGAAUAAAUUUUGACCAAACGAUCAACUUCGUAAUUUGAACUAUGUGUAAUAAUUAUAACUAAAGUAUCCUCAAGUUCCACUUUAUGUAUUGAGAUUAGAGAUUUUGAUACCUUCACGAAUAAAACCGGCUCUAUGGGGUCACUAAAUUUUAUUGUAA